AUGGCGACCACCUCGCAUAUGUUUAUGUACUCGCUGACGAUCCAGCCGCCGUCUGCUGUGACGCAAGCCAUCCUAGGCCAGUUUGCUGGCACCAGGGAGCAGCAGAUUGUGACGGCGGCGGGAUCGAAGCUGACGAUCCACCGACCGGAUCCGACCCAGGGGAAAAUCACCCCGAUCUUCUCCCAGGAUGUCUUUGGCAUCAUCCGCAGUCUGGCGGCAUUCAGACUGGCUGGAAGCAACAAAGAUUAUAUCAUCAUUGGUUCCGACUCCGGCCGUAUCGCCGUCGUUGAGUAUCUGCCUGCUCAGAACCGAUUCAGCCGAAUCCAUCUGGAGACUUUUGGCAAGUCGGGUGUUCGACGGGUGAUUCCUGGCCAGUACCUGGCUGUAGAUCCCAAGGGUCGUGCCUGUCUCAUGGCCGCUGUGGAGAAGAACAAGCUCGUCUACGUGCUUAACCGCAACGCACAGGCUGAGCUGACCAUCUCCUCGCCCCUCGAAGCACACAAGCCUCAAACGCUCGUCUUUGCGAUGAUCUCUCUGGAUGUGGGCUACGAAAACCCCAUCUUUGCGGCUCUAGAAGUCGAUUACAGUGAGUCAGAUCAAGAUCCGACGGGACAGGCCUAUGAAGAGGUUGAAAAGCACCUCGUCUAUUAUGAACUGGAUCUCGGUCUCAACCACGUUGUCCGAAAAUGGACUGAUCCCGUGGAUCGUACGGCGUCUCUCCUCUUUCAGGUUCCGGGCGGCGCGGAUGGACCUAGCGGUGUCCUGGUCUGUGCAGAGGACAGCGUCACUUAUCGGCACUCCAACCAGGAUGCUUUCCGGGUGCCCAUCCCCCGUCGGAUGGGUGCUACUGAGAACCCCGAGCGGAAACGCUGCAUUACCGCCGGUGUAAUGCAUAAAAUGAGGGGAGCCUUUUUCUUCCUGUUGCAAACCGAGGAUGGUGAUCUUUUCAAACUCACCAUCGACAUGGUUGAGGAUGAGAAGGGUCAGCUGACCGGCGAGGUGCGCAGACUGAAGAUCAAGUACUUUGACACAGUCCCUGUUGCCUCGAACCUGUUGAUUCUCAAGAGCGGUUUCCUCUAUGUCGCCAGCGAGAACGGAAAUCAUCAUUUCUAUCAAUUUGAAAAGCUUGGCGACGACGAUGAGGAAACUGAGUUUUCCAGUGAGUCUAACUCGGCCGAUCCCACCGUCGCCAUCCAACCGGUCUUUUUCCAGCCUCGUGAAUCCGAGAAUUUAAAUCUCGUGGAUACGAUCAGCUCUCUCAAUCCUCUGAUCGAGUCGAAGAUUGCCAAUCUUGGAGAAGACGAUGCGCCCCAAAUCUACAGCGUUUGCGGAACGGGUGCGCGAAGCAGUUUCCGGACCAUCAAACAUGGCUUGGAAGUCUCCGAGAUUGUUGAGUCGGAACUGCCCAGUGUCCCGUCUGCCGUAUGGACGACGAAGAUUCUCCGAAGCGAUGAGUUUGAUGCUUAUAUCAUUCUUUCCUUUGCCAACGGCACCCUGGUUCUGAGUAUUGGGGAAACCGUGGAGGAAGUCACAGACACUGGAUUUCUUUCCACGGCGCCUACUCUCGCUGUCCAGCAGCUGGGCGAGGACUCCUUGAUCCAGGUCCACCCCAAAGGCAUCCGCCACAUCCUUGCAGACCGGCGUGUAAAUGAAUGGCCGGCUCCUCAGCAUCGGUCAAUUGUUGCUGCCGCUACCAAUGAACGUCAGGUCGCCGUGGCUUUGAGCUCGGGCGAGAUUGUCUAUUUCGAGAUGGACGCAGAUGGGUCUCUUGCUGAGUAUGAUGAGCGACGUCAAAUGUCAGGAACCGUGACUGCCCUCAGUCUAGGCGAGGUCCCGGAAGGCCGCGUCCGCAGCUCGUUCCUUGCAGUGGGGUGCGACGAUUCCACCGUCCGAAUCUUGAGCUUAGAUCCGGAUUCAACUCUUGAGAACAAGUCUGUGCAGGCUUUGACUUCGGCCCCUUCCGCCUUGAACAUUAUGUCCAUGUCGGAUUCGAGUUCUGGAGGCACCACCCUCUAUCUUCAUAUUGGUCUUUAUUCCGGAGUUUAUCUCCGCACUGUCCUCGACGAGGUCACCGGCGAGCUUUCUGAUACUAGGACACGAUUCCUCGGCGCAAAGCCGGUCAAGCUGUUCCGAGUUUCAGUCAAAGGCCAGACCGCCGUCCUGGCCCUGAGCUCCCGUCCUUGGCUCGGUUACUCGGACAUCCAAACCAAAGGCUUCAUGCUGACUCCAUUGGACUAUGUCGGCUUAGAAUGGGGUUGGAACUUUUCCAGUGAACAAUGCAUUGAGGGUAUGGUCGGCAUUCAAGGCCAAAAUCUUCGGAUCUUCUCCAUUGAGAAGCUUGACAAUAACCUGCUUCAAGAGUCGAUUCCGCUCGCGUACACUCCCCGUCGUUUUGUGAAGCAUCCCGAGCAGCCACUGUUCUACGUCAUUGAAUCUGAUAGCAAUAUCUUGUCCCCUGCCACCCGGGCUAGAUUGAUUGAAGAUUCGAAUGCUCAGAAUGGUGAAGCUGCCAUCCUGCCACCUGAGGACUUUGGGUAUCCCCGAGCGAAUGGUCACUGGGCCUCGUGCAUCCAAAUCGUGGACCCCCUCAUUACCAAGUCCGUGGUGUUCACUUUGGAACUUGAAGAAAAUGAGGCCGCUGUCAGCAUAGCAGCGGUAUCGUUUUCCAGCCAGGACGACGAAACAUUCUUGGUCGUGGGUACCGGCAAGGAUAUGACUGUCAGUCCACGCUCCCAUUCGGCCGGAUUCAUCCACAUCUAUCGGUUCCAGGAGGACGGCAAAGAGUUAGAGUUUAUUCACAAGACCAAGAUCGACGAGCCGCCUCUCGCGCUGCUUGGGUUCCAAGGCCGCCUGCUGGCUGGUAUUGGAUCGACUCUCCGGGUGUACGACCUCGGCAUGAAACAACUGCUCCGCAAGUGUCAAGCCCAAGUCGUUCCCAAGCUGAUUGUGGGCCUGCAGACGCAGGGGAGCCGGAUCGUGGUCAGUGAUGUCCAGGAGAGUGUGACGUAUGUUGUGUACAAGUACCAGGAGAACCGGUUGAUCCCCUUUGUGGACGAUUCGGUGUCUCGCUGGACAACGACGAGCACGAUGCUGGACUACGAGACCGUGGCGGGCGGCGACAAGUUUGGAAACUUCUGGGUCGUUCGGUGCCCGAAGAAGACGUCUGACGAGGCCGACGAGGACGGAUCCGGCGCCCAUCUGGUGCAUGAAAGGGGAUAUCUGCACGGGACGCCGAACCGGCUGGACCUGAUGCUGCACUUUUACACGCAGGACAUCCCGACGACGCUGCACAAGACGCAGUUGGUCGCUGGCGGCCGGGACAUUCUGGUGUGGACGGGCUUCCAGGGGACGAUCGGCAUGUUUGUGCCCUUUGUGAGCCGGGAAGACGUCGACUUUUUCCAGAGCCUGGAGAUGCAGAUGGCGUCUCAACAUCCUCCUCUCGCUGGCCGGGACCAUUUGAUUUACCGCAGUUACUACGCGCCCGUCAAGGGGAUCAUUGACGGCGACCUAUGUGAGAUGUACUUCUUGCUCCCUAAUGAUAAGAAGAUGAUGAUUGCUGCCGAGCUGGAUCGGUCCGUCCGUGAGAUCGAGCGGAAGAUUUCGCCCCCUUUAUAUUCCAUACAUGUCUCUUGCCUCGCUCGGUCUUCCGCUCCCCUCGGCUGA